GUCUGAGAUUGGCAUCAUUUUGAGCCGUUAAGAAUAUCUUUUUAUCCUUACAGCUGAUAUCACUUUAAACGUCGUAAUAACACAUAGUGAAUUCAAGAUGAAUUUAAAUCCUAAAUCAUUUAAAGAAAAACGUUCGUUCGCACAAAGGUCUGCUGAUGUGGAAUUAAUUAGACGACAACAUCCAAAUAAGAUACCCAUUGUUGUCGAAAGAUACUAUGGAGAGAAACAGUUACCUAUAUUGGACAGAUCCAAAUUUUUAGUACCCGAUUUUUUGACAGUGGCAGAGUUCGUUAAAAUUAUUAGACGCAGACUACAGCUACAUCCGACACAGGCAUUUUUCCUAUUAGUAAACCAAAGAAGUAUGGCAAGUGGUAGUAUGACUAUGGCACAGCUUUAUCAGAGAGAACAAGAUGCGGAUGGCUUCCUUUAUGUAGUAUUUGCCAGCCAAGAAGUAUUUGGGCAUUAAAUUCCAUCAUUUUAGUUUACAAGUAAAACUAAUCUUUUUGUGGGAUAUGCUAUGUUUUAAAUACUUUUAAGAACUCUUAGGAAAAUUUUAGAUCUAUCCUGACUUAUGUCUGCCAUCACCUGGAUAUGCAGAAUAUAUGUGUGAUCAACUUGCAGUACCUGCUGUAAUAAGUAACGAAACAAUCAAGAAUGACAUUUUUGUGUAAAACUAUCAUGGUGCUUUGGUCUUUCAACAUAUAUAUCAGUUAUAUUUCACAUAAGUUACAGUAUAAGAUUAAGUUUAUUGCUAAUAACAGGACACACUUUUGAAAUUCUUUAAUAGUUCCAGACAACAACUAUAAAAACCAUCAGUCUUAAUAGGUAAGAAGGUUACCUAUAUAAUAAUUGUAUCUAGUAUCAUUAAUCUGAAUUUGUUUACUUCUAUAUUUGUCUUAUGUAUCUAAUAGAUUAUAAUGUAUAAGGAGGGAGUAGUACUAUGUAAACAAUAUAGUAACAAGUAGUGGCCAGUUUAUAUAUAACAAAUUGUAAAGUAUAUUUACAAACAAAACUGGAAUCAAAUUAUUCUAUAUAUGUUUGACUUUUGCUACUAUGCGAAUUAUGUAAUAACUAUUACUUAUAUUCAUCACAUGCCUGUUUAUAAUUUAAACAAAAAAAUGAUUUAAUUUACUUAAGGUAUCUAUAAAUGAAAAUAUCUUCUCCAGUUAAUGUAUUCUGUUCAUGAAAUAUUGAAACAGUAAAGAAAGUGUUCAUACAUAUGACUACACAAUAUACCAUGUGUAUUGAUAUGUGAUAAUGUUAUUACACUCGUAUCAGUUUUAUUAAACAUAUUUGCAUUAUGAAAUUCAAUUGGAUUAUAAUGGAUUCUAACUGAAAUAUAUAUAUGUAUAAAAUUAUGCAUUUAAUAAUACGAUUAUUAUCUUCUACUGUUUGAUACUUGUAAUUAAUAACAAUUGUCUUGAAUUAUGUCUUAAAUUUGAAAAGUUAUAAGCGCACUUAUCUUUGAUCUUCAGAGAAGUAAAUUAAAUAAGAAACAAAAGUACCUGGCAUUGUAACUAAGAGUGAAAAUAACAAUCAUUGUAUCAAUGAGACAAUUCUAUAAGACUUAACAGUUCAAUACCAUUUUCAGUUUUACUAUUGUUAUUACUAUCAACAUUUUACUACGAAUCUUAUUUACCAAUACGAAUAAUAAUUAAGAUCUGAUAACACGAAUUGUAAGAAAAAAACCUGCUAACAUUAUGUAAUUAUAUAAUAUUAUUUUUAGGCAAUAAGACGUUGAUUAAUAUUAAUUUGAUACAAAUUGAGUUGAAACUUACUUUGAUUACAUUAAAUUUGUCAUGUAUAAUUAGUAAAAAAUGUGGCUUUCUACAAA